AUGGGCUCGGCUGAAGCCACCUCUUGGCUGCGCGAGCUCAUCGAGGAGGAGAUUGGAGCUGAUGCUGCCCGAAAGCUCCGGGCGCAUUCUUGCAAGGUUACAUUGCUCACAUGGGCAGGCCAAUCUGGGAGAUUCAGCCGCGAGGAGAGAACUCUUCUCGGCCACCAUGCCGAAGCGACGACGCGAUCAGCGACGUACGAUCGUGAUGCGGUCCUCGCAUUGCACAGUAAAGUUUUCUUGAUGCUCCAGGACAUCAGUGCUGGGUUGCAGGAACCCGAUGCUCCGGCUGCCAGGAAGCUCUUAUCCAUGGAGCUCAUAACGAAGGAAGAGUUUUCGCACAACAAGGGCAAGGGCAACAGCACCCGGCUCCUGAGCAUCGGAGACCGUGUGCACUACUGUGGCGGAGAUGUCGCCACUGUGGAGGGCUUCGAUGAGGAAGGUGAUGUGGAGGUCGUCAAGACCGGUGGUGUCAAGAGUGUGUGGUUUGCAAGCAAGUGCAUUCAGGGCCUCGGACCUCUGGACAAGGCGCUGCCCUCGGAGGGCCCUUGA